CGCAGCGCCGCCGGAGCCCGAGCAUGGUGGAGGCCGAGGCGCCCCGCGGAGCUGCAGGCAUUUACCCAGUGGAUAUUUUGGAAGAUGAUCCCGAAGGGCAUCGGGAAGCAGCUCUGGCUUACUAUGCCUCGCUUUGGGGAGAAGCGCGGCCCUCAGCAGAGGUUUUCUGUCUUCCCACUGGGGAGCAGGUAAAACUUGAAGCUUCGUCUGUUUGCUUUUGCACUGUGCACCGUGAUGAACCUCAGCAUAAAAUAUUGGUCUUGGUUAACCCCCAGGACACAAAGACAGUUGUGGCUGUUUACAUAAAGGAGUCCUGGUGGACCACAGAAGAUGUACUGAGAACCUCUGAUCCUGCAAGAGAAGGUCUGAUGAAGGUUCAGUCAUUUGGAGAAAGGAUUGUGCUUUUCAUUCUAAACGUCGUUAUUUUUGGAAGAUUGGAGAGAAAUUUGGAUGAUGAUGACAUGUUUUUUUUACCUCAUUCUGUGAAGGAGCAAGCUAAAAUUCUGUGGAGGGAUGGAGCAGCUGUUGGAUUUUACACAACCAAAAUGAAAGGCAGCCUCUGUGGCAGUGGCAUAGGUGUGUGCUACCUGCUGCCUGUCUUCGACACCGUGUUUGUCAGGAGGAGAUACCGUCGCCAAGGCCUGGGCAUGGCCAUGCUGCAGGACUUCUGUGAGACGUUCCGAGAGGAAGAGGCCCUGGGGGUCAGCUGCCCGAUUUCUCCUGCCAUGUACCAAGUCUGCAGGAAGUUCCUGUCGGCCCGGCCGGAGGAGCAGGGGCGCCUGUGGGAGGUGGAGCCCCCGGGAGCCUGGGGCCAGCGAGGCAACAUCUGGCGGAAGGUUCAGCUUCAACAGUCAAGACUUUCCGAGUCUCAUCCGGGAAAUUCCAAGGAGGAUGUGAGUGGUCGCGGGCGGACUUCUCAAGAUGGGACACCCAGACAGUCCACACUGGGGAAGGCAGUGAGGACAGGAUCAGUGGAGAAGAACUGGAAGAAACACAGAAUGAUCCAGACUGUGGAGUGACAGAAGAAGCAGGGCGACUUGGGGGAGCCUGCGGGGCUGAGCUGGAGGGGGAGGAUGCCAAGAGGACAGUGGUGGACCCUGGGCUGGCCGGGGAGUCCUGGCAGACAGACGCACAUGCGGGCCCGUUCCUGACUCCCAGGGGCCCAUCUGAGUCUUGUUGAGAGGCCCGUCCUGGGCCCCAGGGGAUGCGGGUUUGAGAGCUGCCUCUGUCAUUCCCCGCUUGUGUGGCCGAGAGCUGGUCUCUGUCCUUGCUGUGCUGUCCCUUGAGAAGAAAAUGACCACACAGACCCUACCUACCUCAGGCUUGUCAUGUGGGCUCAGGAGAUAGAAAGUCUGAGCAGAUGCUUCUCUGUAAGCGCACAGUGCCAUGCAGGUGCAUGGAAUUACUCCCAAGCUCAGAUUUCAGAAGCUCCUUCGUUAAGCCUAAUGGGUUUCUGUUACUCAGGAUGACUUGAUAAAGACUGCACUGGAGCCCCAUGAAUGUGCCUCUUUCUUCAGCACAAGGAAGCUCAGAGAAAGGCCACACCCAUCCGGUCUGCACUGCAGAAAGCCCUUUCAGGUUUGCCCACACCAGCCCUACUGUGACUGUGGGACCCCAGACACCAGAGCAGUUUCUAGGGAGACACAUUCCUUUUCCAGACAAGCUUCAGCCACGGUGGCAGCACCCUGAAGGCAGGGGCUGGGGCCGCCUGGUGCACACCAUAGCCUCUUGCUCAUAUCUGGCCCGGUAUACAGGAGGCGCUCAGAGUGGGCUCCAGGCAGGCAUCAGGAUCUCAGCCAUCAGCUAAUUCAGAGAGGAAGCCACUGGAGGGGACUUUGGGUUGAUGGCCCUUGCAGUGUAUUGGCGCCUUGAGUGGAAAGGCUUGUGCUGAUAAAGGUGACUGUAAAGAUAACAGCUUGACCCAAAGUGACAUCGGCCUCCCCUUUCUCAGCCCUGCUCAGGGCAUGCGCUCGGCCACGGUUGGGGAUUCGGAGCUGAGCCAAGGACCCUGCCCCCAGGCCCCACUGUGGUCAGGUGAGGCUGACCGUGGCCAGGGCCGCCGGCCUUUCACAGCGUGAAGCACAGUCCAGGCCGCCCCAUGGGGCCCCAUGGCCUGCUCCCCAAGAGCUGGGAUGGGGCUUUCUCUGCAGGUGGCCCAGCCUCACCGAUGUCCAGUAGGAUUCUAACCAGACAAAGCUGGUCAGGUCAUCUUGGGCCAGGCAACCCAAUUCCAGCCCCUCCUCCAGGGUGCAUGCAAACCUGAUCGUGUCACUGAGGACACCCUGAACCCCACUGUGGCUUACCACUGCCCCUGGAGCGCUUGGGCCUGUCACAGAGGGCCCUGCUGACUCUGCUCCUGUCUGGGCAUGGCCGCCUUGCCGUCUGUGUUCCAGCUGCCUGAGCUCCUGUAUCCUCAGACGCCAGCUCUCUCACUUCAGGGUCGGUGCUCAUGCACUCGCUUUGCUUGGGCACGUGCCUUCCCUCUCCCUCUCACACGCAAACACACACAUGCACACCCACCUUGUCAGUCAGGCCAAUUCCUACUCACACAUCUGAUCUCAGCUCAGAUGUCCCUUCCUGACCCCUCCCCCUCCCCCUCCCAUGUGGCCUCGGAGCACUGGGCACUCAGCUGUGACUCCACGAGCCUCCACCAGGGUCAGCCCUUAGUUGCCUCAUGUGUCCCCAGUGCCAGUGUGGAGCUGGCCCCCAGUAACUUUGUGGGAGUGAAUGGUAACAGGUCACCUCAGGAGUGAGGAGUUGCCUUCCUUCUGUUCCUCUGCUACAAGACUCUGGAGCGGUGGAGAGAAGAACAAGUUCCAGCUUUUUAGGGAUAUAGUAAACCCAUCCUGGAGUCUGGGGAUGGGGAGGAGACCGCUGGCAGUCCUGAGUGCUGGCAGGAUAUCACCUGCUGUUUUGCUCAGUGGUCAAAGGACAUAUGUGGUGGGACCCUUGUUACUUAUGCCACAUACAUCCCCGUGUCUCUCCAUCCACCCAUCCAUCCAUCUAUCCGUCUGCCUGUCCAUCCAUCCAUCCAUCCAUCCAUCCACCCAUCCAUCUUCCCAUCCUUCCCUCCCUCCUCCCUCCAUCCAUCUCUCCACUCAUCUCCUCAUCCAUCCACCCACCCAUCCUACUGUCUACCCGUCUGUCUGUCCAUUCAUCCAUCCACCUACCCACCCACCUGUCUGUCCAUUCAUCCAUUUGUCUGCAUCUGUCCAUUCAUCUCUCUGUUCAUCCAUCCAUCCGUCCAUCCUGUUGUACAGCAAACAGUGUGAUUACUCAUGGCCAAGCUCUGUGCUGGGCGCUGGGGAGAUAGUGAGGCAUGGUUACUGGAUGCAAGGAUUAAAUAUUCUCUCUGGAAGAGUCUCUUCUGGAGUGUUCUACUGGAGUUGUUUGUUCUCUUACACCCAUUAGUUAAAGCAGGAAGAGUCUUAAUUUAAUAGAAAUAGAGUUUGGAGCUCCAUGUGGAGACAUCCUGAAGUGCCCCCAUGCAUGUGGGCUCUCUGUGAAGGAGGCACAGGCCAUACAGGUGUGAUCAAGUCUGCACGAGAGGAUGCUUUGUGUGUGACGCCCGACAUAACCUUUAACGUGACAUAGAUGUGCGCUGUGAAUGUUGUACUGUUUGAGAUGUAUGGUAGGUGCUUUGUAAUGUUUACAUGAAUAUGAACUGAUGAAAAUGUCUCAGGGGUUUGAUGAAGUUACUGUUCAAUAAAAGAAUCCUCUCAAGGAA